CGGUCCCAGCCCGCGGCACGUUCCGGGGCGGCGGCGGCGGCUUCCGGCGGGGCCAUGCCGCCCUUCGGCUCGGGGCUGCUGGUGCUGACGGCCCCGCUGGCCGCGCUGCCCGGGCGGGCGGCGGCGGCGCUGGCGGCGGCGGCGGGGCUGGUGGCGGGGCCGCUGUACGUGCACCUGCAGCCGGGGCUGCGCCUGGCCGGCCCCGGGACGCCCCCCGCCGCGCCCCCCGCCGGCCCCGCGUUGCUCCGCGCUCUGGCCGCGCUGUACGGAGCGGCGGCGGCGCAGCCGGGCCUGGACCUGCGCGUCCUGCUGGGCCCCGGCCGCCGCCUGGCCCGCCCGCCCGCCGUCCUGCUGGCCAGCGCGGCCGAGGCGCCGGGGCCGCCGGGGCCGGUCCAGCUCGGCCUGCAGCAACUGGCCGCCGCCGCCUACGGCUGCCCCCCGCGCCUGCCCGCGCUGCUGCUGGGCACCGAGGACGCGCAGGAGGACGCCCAGGAGGACCCCGGCGCGGCCCCCGAUGCGGUUCUCCCCGACUUCUCCGACGUGGCGGUCGGCGGCACCUUUGACCGCUUGCACGGCGCCCACCGCCUCCUGCUCAGCGCCUGCUGCCUCCUGGCCCAGCACCGGCUCCUGGCCGGGGUGGCCGACGGCGACCUGCUCCGUCACAAGGUCCUAGCAGAGCUGAUCGAGCCGUACGAGCUGCGGGCGGCGAAGCUGCGCGAGUUCCUGGAGGACGUGAAGCCCUCGCUGCGUUACGACAUCGUGCCUCUGGUCGACCCCUAUGGCCCCUCCAUCACGGACCCCGACCUGCAGUGCUUGGUGGUCAGCGAGGAGACCCGCCGGGGAGGGGAGGCCGUGAACAAGAAGAGACUUGAAAAUGGGCUCCCCGAGCUGACUCUCUAUGAGAUCCUGUUGAUGAAGGACCCUGACCACAGUCCAAGCGAGGAGGAGAAGAUCAGCUCCUCCAGCCUGAGGCAGAGGCUGCUGGGGACGCUGCUGCGGCCCCCGCGGCAAGGCCCUGCCUUGCCUUUGCGCCCUUACGUGAUCGGCCUGACGGGAGGAACUGGGAGUGGGAAAAGCUCCAUUGCCAAACUCCUGGGGCAGCUGGGAGCCUUCCUCAUUGACGCCGACAAGCUGGGCCACGCUGUCUAUGUCCCCGGAGGUCCUGCCUACGAGCAGGUGGUGGCAGCCUUUGGGGCAGAAAUCGUGAAUGAAGAUGGGACAAUUAACAGGAAAGUCCUUGGGGCCAAAGUGUUUGGAAACCAGGAGCGGCUGAAGAGUCUUACGGACAUUGUGUGGCCCGAGAUAGCCCGGAUGGUCAAGGAGCAGAUCAGGGAGGCAGAGGCUCAAGGAAGGGCCGUGUGUGUGCUGGACGCUGCUGUGCUGCUGGAGGCUGGCUGGCAAGACAUGGUCCAUGAGGUGUGGACAGCCAUCAUCCCCGAGGAGGAGGCCGUGAAGCGCAUCAUGGCCCGGGACGGGCUGAGCGAGGCGGCCGCUCGCAGGCGGCUGCAGAGCCAGGUGACCAACAGCCAGAGGGUGGAGCAGUCACAGGUGGUGCUGAGCACGCUCUGGGAGCCCCACGUCACCCGCAAGCAGGUGGAGAAGGCCUGGGAGCUCCUGCAGCAGCGCCUGAGCCAGCGGCGCAGCCCGUGAGGCCGCGGGUCCCGCAGCGGCGGGGCGGGAGGCAGCGCUGCGUGUCCCGAGUCCCGCGUCCCGAGUCCCGCGUCCCGAGUCCCGCGUCCCGAGUCCCGCGUCCCGCCGCCAGCGAGACCGCGGGGGAGGAGCCCGGGCCCCGCCCCCAGCCCCGCCCCCAGCCCCGCCCCCCGUGUCAGUAAAGAGGCCGCUCCCUC